AUGGAGGAUGAGAGCCCGAGGGCAGGAGAAGAGUCGGUAUCCAGGGAGAAUUUGAAUGUGGAGUCUAACGGAAGGGAAAAAGAGGAUGCGUGUUCGAGAAAGGUUAGAAGCACGGAUGUUCCACAGGUGCUGGUGUCUCAGUCAUGUGCUGCCAGGGAGUGUGCAAAAGAUGAAAUAAGAAAGUUUGUGAAGGUUCUCGUGGAGGUGGACACUGUUGGUGGAAGACCUCUUGUGUUUAUGAUGUGGGCAUCUGAGGAGAAGCCAAUCCAUAAAAGGAGGCAACCUACUGAGGUAUCUAGAGACACCUUCGGAUGUGAAUCCUGUGAAGAGGUAUUUGACACUUUUAAGAAACUUCAGCUUCACAAAGCUCUUCACAAGAACGUCUCUGGAGAGAUCAAUCCUCUCUUUUGCCCCGUUUGCAACAAAACAUUUGACGAGAAGCGCAAGCUAAUGCUUCACUCCAGAUACCACAAGAUAACCAAGGACGACAAAUAA